AUUGUACUUCAAAAUCAAACAACAUCUCGUCCAAAUUAUUAAAUUAUGUGGCUAAAUUAAAAAACGUACAAAUCAUGAUAUUUUUCCAGCAUGUCCAUGAACAUCAAUCUGUACGAGUUCCUUUUGUUUCCUCGCUUUCAAAACGGCAGCAUCAUUAAAAUAAUAUGCCAGGACAAGGAGGGAACGGAUUUCGAUACUGGAUCGGAUUCCGAAUUAAGUACGUGCAAAUGUUUACCUAGGGCCUUAGAAAAUGAGACUCCGCAACUUCUACUUACACAAAAAAUGCCUCUCUGCAAGUGUCCCAAACCGAACGAAGAAAAACGAAAAAUUGAAAAUGAAAAAUGGUUUACGUCGUCAACGAGUUACACCAAAACGGAAACAGACGAAUUACCGCUAGAGAAGCUAAGGGAACCACCGCUCAAAAUUGAAGGGGGAAGCCAGAAUAAAAACGGUCAAAGACGAAGUAUCGAGUCUCGCAAAAGCCAGGAUCAAAACGGCCAAAGAAAAAGUAUCGAGUCUCGCAAAAGUCAGGAGCAAAAUGCUCAAAGAAGAAGCAACGAAUCACGCAAAAGCCAAGAUCAAAACGCUCAAAAAAGAAGCAACGAAUCACGCAAAAGCCAAGAUCAAAACGCUCAAAGAAGAAGCAACGAAUCACGCAAAAGCCAAGAUCAAAACGGGCAAAGAAAAAGUAAUGAAUCACGCAAAAGUCAAGACCAAAACGGUCCAAGAAGAAGUUACGAGUCACGCAAGAGUCAAGACCAAAACGUGCCGCGAAGGAGCCUGGAAUUCGGUCAAAAUGGGCUAAAAAAAAGUCAGGAGAAAGACAUGGUCAAUGGUUUGAGGAAAUUUUCUCCUUUACCUCCUAUUAGUAGUAAAUCUUCAAUAACAACGACGGACAAACAGGAGGAGGAAACGGUUCCAGAUAAAGUUCAAAAAGGAACGUCGAUUUCUAGCACAAACAAAUCCGAAGUCGAGAUCCAAUCGACCCCGUAUCAGAUGUCAUCGUCGGAAGGCAAAAGUUCGAUGGAAAAACUGUUGGAACCGCUCAAAGAAACGCUAACACCCCAUCUAACUAUUGUAGUGAAGAAACCACGAAAUAGCCUGAAACCAGGCAACAGUGAGGAAAGUGGGAAUUCUAGAAACAAGUCUAUUCCUUCGAAAAAUGAUCAACUUUUGGACAAACAAGUUGCCACUGGGACUCCUUAUAGUUGCAAAAAUUGUAAUUGUGACAAGAAUUGGAAAAAUGACUCCCCUCUAGGCCAGUUUAAACCUAGCGAUGAUCCUGUUAAAAAAUCAACUGUGGACAAUGCAACAAAUAAUGUAGGUUCAAAAUCUCACAAUAACGAGGAAGGAAAAAGGCUAAGUCAGCAGAGUGGAAAACGGUUAGAUUACAAAAAUGGAGGAGAUUUGCUAAUAAACAAUGAACAUGAAACAAAAUCAUCGAUCACAUACGAAAAGAAACGUACGGAUAUAUGUUGUUGGUCUCUCUUAAACAGAUUAUUUUCUAAGAAAAACUCCAAAUCUGAGAAAGAGGCGUUGAAGUGUUCCAAUACGGGAUUAAGAAACAGAAAAUGUCCAAAUAAAUCGGAUAAUAAAUCUAAAAGUGGCAGUAUCAAAUGUGUCAAAACUGGUGUAAAAUGUACCAAUAAACAAUGUCCAUGUGUUGAACAUCAAAAUAAAGCAAAUAAAAAGCCUAAAUAUUCAUGCAAUUUUUGUAAAAGCACAGAAAAAAGUCAGCCAGAUUCAAUAAUAAUGUGUUAUAUGAAUAAAUUUUUGUGUCUGCUAAGGAAAUAUCUGGAUUUUUUAUUUAUAGGUUUUCACUUAUUUAUAAUGUAUGUAAAUGUUUUAUGGCCCUAAAUAUAGAAUAAUAAUGGAAACAUA